AUGUCCUCAUCAUCAUCCUCCACUCCAGCUGCAGCACAUGAUGACAUAUAUACAGAACAGGAUGUCAAUGAAUAUGCUUUUGUCGAUUUAUGGGAGCAUUAUGAGAUGUCAUUGAUGGAGAAGUUCUGGAAAGAGUUGGUCAUUAGUUCGUUCCACAGCUCAGAUAUACAGCCAUUGGACGAAUGGACCAAAGCCUUGUCCGAAGAGGCACACGACAAUCCAGAUAUUCCAGACUUGCACAUCUUGCUCGCAUUCAAAUCAUCGGAUUUCGUUGGCAUGUCUCCGCCCGAUUCUCCAAUGUCCGACAUUGCACAGAACCUUAAAGAUCAGGGACUGUCAUCGUCUCCAACCUCCUCCUCCUCGGGCGCAUCAUCGCACAACCUAAAGAGUAGUCGACCAACAUCCAUACCCUACACCUCAUCACAAAUCAGUGCUGCGGUACUCUUUGAGUACUACUCAAACAUCAAUUGUGGUCUAUUCCUUCAUAUGAUCAUCCACAAGAAGUAUAGGAAUAUGGGAAUGGAUAGAAUGAUGGUAAAGAAGGCAAUUGAGAUAUUGGAUAAGAAUGCUCAUUCACAUGGCCAUUUGGCAGGAUGCAAUGCAAUCUUCUUUGAGACAAAGUCUGCAUUGAGCUCUGCCAAUCAGCCAGACCAGGUGGACCCUCGUCUGCAACACUCGAUCCUCUAUAACAUUGGCUUUAGAAUGGUGGACUUUGACUACACCAAGCUGCCACUCAAACGAUUGGGCAAGGCCAACAACCUGUUGCUCACAGUGUACCUCAGCGCACACAUCCCUUCGAUACCCACGCUGGACGGCGACAAGUACUACCUCCCCAGCGUCCUGCUCAAGAACUUUAUAUACGACCUGUGGGAGACAUCGUUCCUCACUGAGAAGCUCGAGAUGAAACCAGACGAAGAUCCAGAGUACGGGCGAGUAUUGGAGCAGGUGGAGCUGCGUGAGAAGAUCCCGCUGUUAGAGUUGCCCUGGGGUGCGGGCAACCCUUGGACACUGGUCGACCUGUGGGAAGACUACGAUGAGGAGCUUCUGGAGCGAUGUUAUCGUGAGCUCAUGGUACCUAGCGUCAAGCACAGCGAGAUCUCCUCGCUGAGGAAUGUACUCCUGGCAAUGUCGCCCGAGGGCAAUGACUCGGACUUCUUGCCAGACGUACACGUACUCAUUGCCGUUCGCUGGCCACCAGAGACCAAGUCGAUGCCCACCCAUCCCAUCAUAGAUGGUCUGUGCGUGUUUGAGUACCAUGCCGAGCUCAACUGCGCUGUGCUCACACAUCUGAUUCUCCAGAAAAAGAACAGAGUGGAGGGCCUCGACCAGCUGCUUGUCGAGUCAUCAGUAGACAUAUUGGACGCCAACGCUAGAGAGCGUGGCAACCUGGCCGGCUGCAACGCCAUCUUCAUGCACAUCAAGAUGCCAAGCACAACCAUCAGCCAGGAGAUCAUCGAUGUGUGCCAGCAUCAUAUCACGCUCAACAAGAUGGGCUUCCGUCUGCUGGACUUUGACUACUAUCUCGCACCACUCGACAACAAUGCCGCGCCAAAGAAGUCAAUGUUGGGACUCUACCUCACCAGCUUGAUCCCACGUUCACAUGAGAAGGGCGACAAGCCGUACAUACCAUUCAACUUGAUCAAAUCAUUCGUCGAGCUACAAUGGGAGAAUGCCUAUGGCAGCCAGCAGAUCAAGAUGUCGCCCAAUGUCUAUCCAGAGCAUCAGCGAAUGCUCGAGCAGAUUGAGCUGCGCGAGCGCAUUCCCCUGUUGGAUCUUCCGUGGGAUUUAGGUAAACCAUGGACACUGGUCGACCUCUGGGAGGACUAUGACAAGGAUCUCCUUGAGCGAUUCUACAAAGAGAUAAUGAUACCCAACUUCCCCAACAAGUCUGAGUUGGAACCAUUGGAAAGCAUGAUAUCAGCAUUCUCAUCAGAGGCAAGAGACGAUCCAAACAUCUCUGACUUGCAUAUAUUGUUGGCGCUGCGAUGGCCACAGGACAAUAGUAAUACACAACCGAUAAUCGAGGCUGCAAUCAUCUUUGAAUACUUCUCGGCCAACAAUUGUGGCCUGCUCACCUACCUGAUCGUCCAGAAGGCAUUCAAGGGCAAGGGCCUGGACAGAAUACUCGUGGAGUCAGCCCUGGAGAUUCUCGAUCAGAAUGCCAAGUCGCAAGGCUAUCUUCCCGGAUGCAAUGCCAUCUUCCUCGAAGUGUACAGUGGCGAGAAGGUGACUAUCAAGCAAGAUGUCGUGGACCCACGUAUGCGUCAUUCAGUCUACCACCAGAUAGGCUUCCGUCUGAUUGACUUUGAGUACAUCGCGCCACCAAUCGCCAUGGGCUUGCCCAAGCUUCGCAACUUCCUGCUGACCGUCUACUUGACGGAGCACAUCCCCAAGAUGCCGCUUGAGGAGGGCAAGUACUACCUGCCAAGCUCAGUGCUCAAGAACUUUGUCACAGUGUUGUGGCGCAAUGCAUACGCUACAAAGAAGAUGAAGGAGUUCCCCAACAAGGACAGCGACUUCCAGCGAGUGAUUGAACAGGUUGAGUACCGUGAGAAGAUACCCCUGUUGGACUUGCCCUGGGGUCAGAGCAAGCCAUGGACCUUGGUCGACCUCUGGGACGACUACGACGAGGAGCUGCUCAUUCGAUUCUACAACGAGCUGAUGUUACCCAACUUCCCAAUCAAGAACGAGCUGGAGCCACUCUCAAACUUCAUCAAUGCGCUCUCAGAGGAGAGACGAACCAACUUCAACCCACAUGUCGCAGAGCUGCACGUGUUGCUUGCUCUGCGCUGGCCCACAGACUCUUCCGAUCUGCAACCCACGAUUGGUGCCGGCAUCACCUUUGAAUACUAUCCAUCGACAAACUGUGGACUCUUGUCAUACCUGGUCGUGCACCGUUCCAGUCGUGGACAGGGCCUGGCAGGCAUACUUGUGGAGCGAUCUGUCGAGCUGCUGGACCGCCACGCCAAACAGCGUGGACAGCUGGCUGGAUGCAACGCCAUCUUCCUUGAGACCAACUCGGCAGAGAAGGUGACAGUGCAGCAGGACGUCAUGGACCCGCGUAUGAGACACACGAUCUAUCACAAGAUGGGCUUCCGUCUGAUCAACUUUGAAUACAUCAUGCCGCCCCUGUGCGCCGGUUACGAGAAGCUAAAGAGUGUGCUGCUGCUGACGGUCUACCUCACGCCGCACAUUCCCUAUCAGGACUUUAACAACAACCGCCAGUACUUCCUGCCCAACGUGCUUCUAAAGAACUUCAUCUCGGCGCAAUGGGAGAGUGCCAUGCGCAAUGGACGUCUGUCUACGCCACCCAACCAGGACUUUGACUUUAAUCAAUCACUGGAUCAGCUGGAGCUGCGAGAGAAGGUGCCCCUGCUUGACCUUCCAUGGGGCGAUGGCAAAGACUGGACGAUCGUGGAUCUCUGGGAGGACUAUGAUGAAGAUCUGCUCGACGCUUUCUACAACAAGUACAUGAUCACGCAGUUUGGCACUUCAGACGAGUUGGAACCAAUCGAGAACUGGCACAAGGCAAUGUCUGAUGAGGGACGUGAUGACCCCAACAUUUGUGACCUGCACGUACUACUCGUGUUGGGCCUGCCUGGAGAGCACAAGGGCAAGGGCCACAAGUACAUCAUUGGUGGUCUGGUGUUUGAGUACUAUCCCGAGACCAACAACGCCCUGGUCACAUACCUGGUCGUGAACCAGAAGUGGUCGGGCAAAGGUAUCGGCACGGACCUGGUGCUGAGAACCCUGACCAUCCUGGACCAGAACGCCAAGCAAAAGGGCCACAUUGCAGGAUGCAAUGCCAUCUUCUUGGAGGUGAUGUUCUCAUCACUGAGUGAGACGACUGGUGCUACUGACUCGUCCCUAUCGCACGUCUUCCUGUUCAACAAAGGCUUCCGUCUGUUGGAUUUCGAAUACUACCAGCCCCCCACAUCCCUCAAGCAUCCCAAGUCCAACAACGUCUGUCUGACCGUACUACUCACGCCCCGCAUUCCCAAGUUGGGCGAGGGCAGCGAGAUACAGCCCUACGUGCCAUCCUCUCUAUUGCGAUCAUUCAUUACCAAUCUAUGGGAGGACGAGUGUGGACUGAUUGGAUACGACUUUUCCAACGAUGCUUGUUAUCUACACAUGAUGGACCUGUUGGACAACAGCGACUACUUCCACUGUCUCGACCUUCCUUGGCUCAAGACUCGUAUCGAUCGACCAAUGACCGAACAAGGUAAAGAGUCUGGGUUGAAGAAGAAUAUCAACUAUAGCUAUCAACGACCAAAUAUUAGUGUCAGCGAUGCCCCUCUAUCACCAGCACUCGGACCAUCACUACACAACAGCCAAGUGAUUCCAAACACCAAUACCAACGCUGGUUACGAACCCAACAUACUAUUGUCCUCAAAAGAUAAAUAA